AUACUAUUUGCAAAUGUUGAAUCGAAAUUCAAUUCGAAUUGAAGGAUCAUUAUGCAAGUAAUAAAAUAUACAUAACAAAGGAACGAAAAAGCGUUCCAUCUGUCUUCUGCGUAUUUGCUCGUUAUUCUUCGACGAAAGUUUUAUUCGAAUAAUAGCCAGCUCUUCUGUCAGUAGGCAGUAAGAUUCGUUCAAGUGAUACAUGUCGAACUCGCAUGUGUCCUCUUCGUCCGUCGCUUUCACGUUUGCUCGCUCGGUGUCUCGUUGGGCGCAUUAUAGUCCUCUUCUAAACGCGGAACUUUCGACCUCUCAUUUGCUGGCGAAUAACGCAGCCAGUUUAGUUUAUGCUCGACUCUGUCGUCGUUCGGAUCAGUGGAGGGAUCAGUGUUUGUCGGUGAAGAAGACAACCGACUACGGGACGCGCGGGACUCACGAUAUCUUCGCGAAGAGUAACGUACGAAAACUGAUCACGAACAUCCGUUAGUUGCAUUCGGUCCGAUCCAGAAGGAUGACGAACGCAGAGAAUGCAGAAUCGAAAAGAAAUCCAGAUGGCGUGUCUAAUGCAUCGAACGAGAUUACUGAUCAGCGUCCUUUGAACGAGGACACGCAGGAUGUUCGACGGGUGGAGGAGAAUUCGAGUUCGGGCACUGAGGACAAUCCUUUGCUGGAAUCCGAUCGAAAGAACUCGUCGGUUAAAGUCGAUGUAUCGAUCGUAAAAUCGAAGAGGGAGGACGAGGAUCGAACGUCCAGGAAGGACCCGGAAGCUGACGAUCGCAACGUGAUCGUCCCGCCAGAUGGCGGACUCAGAGCGUGGAUGAUUAUGAUUGGCAGUUUCGUGAUUAAUGGGGUACUUUUCAGCGUCAUCAACACCUACUCGUUGAUUUAUCUGGAGCUGCAGAAAAGAUUACUAGAGUCUGGGGAAACUGCGGCGUCCUCUAAAGCGGCUUUGGUGGGAUCCCUAACGAUCGGUACAACGUUCUUUUUAUCGCCAAUUUCUGGUAUCCUCACUGAUAAAAUUGGUAUUCAGAUGACCACAUUCUUGGGCGGUGCUCUCGCGUCUAGUGGAAUGCUCCUCUCAUCAAUAUUUUCUAGCGAGGUGUCAUUGCUCUAUUUGACCUACGGAGUUAUGUACGGGCUUGGUGCGAGUCUCGCCUACACACCGAGUCUAGCCAUCUUGGGCCAUUAUUUUAAAAGAUAUCUGGGCUUGGUGAACGGAAUCGUUACUGCCGGGAGCUCCAUAUUCACCACCCUUAUGCCAUACCUCAUGGAAAUCAUACUUCGUCGCUUUGGUCUCGAAGGAACACUCAGAUUUUUGGCCAUGCUUACCACCAUCGUUAUGGCCUGCGCUAUACUGUUCAAACCCAUCCCUCUCAACUCUGUGUCCCGAGAUGAACUAAAGUCCAAAACGAGUUUCCAGAGCUGCCUCAAGCAAGUGAUUAACGUCUCCAUUUGGAGGAAGAAGCGAUACGUGGUGUGGGCUAGUUCCAUUCCCCUAGCAUUGUUUGGGUAUUUCGUGCCGUACGUUCACAUAGGAAAAUUCGUUGAGACGGUGUUCAAAGACGCCGAUGGGAAACUACCAAUCAUGUGCAUCGGUAUCACUUCCGGUAUCGGUCGAUUGGUCUUUGGAUAUAUCGCCGAUUUACCGAGAGUGAACAGAAUAUUGUUGCAACAGAUAUCUUUUCUUAGUAUCGGUGUCCUUACGAUGCUUCUUCCCGUUACACCCUCGUUCCUUGUGUUAUUACUAAUUUCCUUGGCUAUGGGACUAUUCGAUGGUUGUUUCAUUUCUCUUUUGGGACCCAUUGCAUUUGAUAUUUGCGGUCGGGAAGGCGCAACCCAAGCUAUCGGAUUUCUGUUGGGAAUGUGUUCUGUACCUCUAACCGUGGGCCCACCGAUUGCUGGUCUUCUGUAUGAUCACACAGGAACCUACGACCUGCCCUUCUUUUUGGCCGGCAUCCCGCCAAUAGUAGGCGCCCUAACGAUGUUCCUAAUAAAGUUCGUCAAGGAAGACGACCAAAGCUCCGUUCGAGGGAUCUCGGAGGAUAAAGCUGCCUGUCAGAAUGGGUACUCGAGCAUCGACUUUCUGUCCCCGCGCUUGGUGACGACUCUCAAACACUCGUGCCACUCGCACGAGCAAUCCAGCUGGAAGAUGACGCAUCGAGACGUGCACAGCCAUCAAUCCCGAUGCCGUGAAUCUCAUCAGGACAUGGUGUGCCAUCAUCAUCGAGAGAUCAAGUGUUCUGAUUAUUAUAAACAUUCGGAGAGCGUGCCGCUGCUUCACAACGAGAACCAGUCACCUGUCAGAUUUUGUCAAAGGACGCCGCAGUCGUCGAUGUUCCUCACCUUUUAGCUCGCUAAGAAACGUUAGGAACACGAUCAGUAGUUUUAAUCGGACAUCGAAGCUAAUGCCAGCGACAUGGCUUGAAAGCCACGAAACGAGCUUCGUGUUCGAUCAAUUUUAUCCGAAUUAGAUUGUUUAUAAGAAGAGUAUACAUUUUAUGUGAGGCUGUACUCAUAGAAUUUGUCCCGUUUAUGUACUGUUCGAUAUGUAGUAUUUUUCGAGAUAUGAGUUACCUUAGAUGUAGCUAAAUUGAAUUUAACGAAGUGGAUAUACAAAAGAAUUUUACACUGGAGUGCAGGGUCUUGCCAGCACAUUUUUUUAAAUUAGCUUCAUAUUCAAACGUCAAGAAACAUGUUUUGAAUGUCAGGUUUUUACAAGUUACAAAGCAUUUUCACUUGCAAAUUUUUACUUUGAAUAUGCAGGUGUACAUAAUGUGUAUUACAUAACAAAAGUAAUGUACAGUGUUAUUUGAGAUGUUUGUGGUGAAAAUGAAGCAACUCUGUUAAGGGAAUUUGAGUUACUAUACCUUUUAAUUGUAUGAGCUGCAUGUACUUAAAAAAUGUAAUAAAUCAAAUUCUCUUAAAGGAUGGAGUUGAUCCAGGUUCAUUAUAAAUGACAUAAUAUUGUUCAUUACAUUCUAAUAUUGUGUACAAUAAAAGUAUAGCUACCAUGUGCUAUGUACAUUAUGUACAUUUGUAUAGGUUAUGUCUGUCUAAAAACAUAUAUUUGUAAGCAAAGACAUUUUGGACCUGCAGCAUUAUUCACUUAUGUUCAUAAUUCAGUUAUGUUUCUAUGCCACAAUAUUACUGAAAUAUUUUUAAUUUAUUUAUAUUUAAGGUAACUGAAACUUCAGUGAUUAAUAUCUCCAAGAGGGUAAAGUAUUAGGAUAAAUAUAUUCAUAAACAGCAAGAUGAAUUCUAUGAGCACUCAAAAUUUCUUUUAAAUUGGUGAUGCAAAGUAUACUCUUCUUGCUAAAAAUACACAGUGACUCUUAUUAAUAUUUAGACACUUAUAUCAAUAUAACAUAUAAUUAUUUGUUGCAAUUAGCUUAAACAGUUAAAAUUUGUGUUACGCUAAGAAGAAUGUUUUAUGAUAAAAAAAUAUGUUUAUGUGCAAAUAUACUGAAUAGUGAGAGAAUACUAGUGUCUGAAUAUUAAUGAGAAUUAUUGUAGAAAAAUGUUCUUAGUGGAUCUUGUAUGUUCUGCGAUAUACGAGGGUCAGUUAAUAAGUUAUUAUUUUAAAUAUGAUCAAACAUCAAAAUUCUAUUGCACAUAUCUAAUUUGACACACUGUAUAUUUAUAUAUAAGGUGUCUAUAAAUUCUAAAAUGUGAAUUGUGAAAUAAGUUACUUUGGGUGUUUUCUAAAACUUGAAUGUUCACAUGUUUUAAUAUAGUCAAGGUUAUUUUAAAAUCUAAUCACUGUUAGUGAGAUGGGUUCUAGAUUUUGAAAUAACUUUGACUUACAUUUUAUUCAUAUAGAAACAAUCACAUAUCUCUUUUAAAACAAUGACUAAUUUACUGAUUGACCCUCGUACAUGUCAAUAUUUUUGAAAAAUUCCUAAAGAAUUAAUCGAUCAAAUGUCACGUCAAUUGAAUGGAAAUACUAGUUCAUCGGAACAAUAAUCUAUUUUUAGAAGGUUGAUGUACUGUACGCGUUUGAAACCACAUUUAUGCUGUGCGUUGAAUCCUUUAUAUAUUUUAUGCGAUUUAGGAUACAGCUUGUGCAAAUAGUACAAACAUGUUAAAACAAGACUAAAGUAUCGAUGGAGGUGUUGUUAAAUAUUGAUUAUAAUUUUACCAACAUUUAUUUUUACGUUAAUUAACGAAACGAUGGCAUUUCAAGUUAAAUAUUGUGUCAGUUUACUUUGGGAUAAUUAUGUAAUUAGGUUAUGAAUUCAAAUUGAAUGUCAUCAAUGACGAAGAAACUGACAAUACAAUAUCUUUUUUACGAUAUAGUUCUGCUGCACAAAUAAAGUUUUUUAUCAUUUUGUUUACAAUUUUUUAGUAAAAAUAUUUAAACGAAUUUUGACCGCUAUUGAAGUAGGAAUUUUAGAAAUGUUUAAACGGAAAUGUGUUAGCCAGUACAAUGUUCACUGUUUUAGAUGAAUUGGUAUAAAAUGUAUGUUUUUCUCGAUUAAGAAAAUGUAGACAAAUUAUGCGUUCGAUUAAUCUCAUUCACUCAAAUUAGUGAAUUAAUUGGUAGAUAAAUAUUAGCAAAUUUUAUUAUAUUUUACUUUGAUUUAUAUUCGAUUUGAUCGUUCUCUCUAAUUACAAUAAAUCAAUUAAUUAGUAAGAGUUUAUCUAAGUUGUAGGAUUUCUUUUUGUACCUAGAUGUAUGUCGAUCAUAACAAUUAAAGAUAAAAAAGUACUCUAUUUUAAUAGCCUUAAAAGAGCAAAAUCGUUAUUUUUCUCGUAAUAUUGUACAUAAAAUAGAUGAUAUAUUUGUCAAGUUAUGCAGAAGUAAAUGGAAACAAUAAAGAAAUACGAAUGUUACAAACACUUGUGUUAACGAAUCCAUUAUCGAACAAUUAUACUUUUGUUAUGUUGUUAAUUCUUGUAUGGUGAAUUACUGUAUGCAAUCACUUUUA